AUGUUUACAUCUAGUGAGGUGACGGAUUACCUGAGUGAACAGAAAAAGUUAAUCUUCCUUAACACUGUCGGUCUUAGCAAUAACUACUGUAAAAAUAUACCGGAUCUGAAUUUUACAAAGAGAUGUAGGGAUCGUCGCAGAUUACUUUUACGUCGUGCCAAGAGAAUUGCCGAUCAACCAUUUUUAAAUCCAAAACGUGAUGCUGCCGGUGGUCUUUAUUUUAAACUUCGGCGCCAUUUAAUCGAGAAUUUUCGCAAUGCUUUGUUUUGUAAAAUCACGAAUAAUAAUUGCCGCGUCGUUUUAACUCCGAUAGAAUUAUCAGAUCGUAUUCCAAGGAACGUUGAUGCUAUGUCAGACUCAUCGUCUUCUUCUCUACCUUCGUCGUGUUCUAGCAAAUGCUUUCUCUCCAAUACCCUUUCUCUUACAAAUCUUCCCCUUCCAAUACGCAUUCUUGAUAGAAGUUCCCCCGAGUUCGGCUAUGUCAUUGAUGAAGACAUUGAAAAGGAUGCAGCUUGUGAUAGCUCCCUGUGGAAGGCCUAAUUGGAUUCUCUUUCCAAACUAAGUCAUGCUGAUUUGAAAUCGACGUAUAAAGCCAUCAUUGUUGGUUUCAAGGAACUAGGUCAGCCUCCUGUUAACCAUUCUUUCCAUAAGUUUAGCCAGCACGCUUGUGAGUUAGAUGGGCCUAUAGUUGUCAAAGUCAGUGUGCCUCCUGUUAACCAUUCUUUCCAUAAGUUUAGCCAGCACGCUUAAAUUCCGGACUUGGCUUUUGGUCCCAUUCUAAUUAGAAAUUCCGGAUGGAUUCUUUUGGACCCAUUCUAA